AGCAGCAGACACUAGUAAAGCCUCUAGCGAUCUUCUUUGUCGAGGGCGGAAGCGAGGGCUGCGUCGCGCAGGCGGUGCACAUAGAUUCUCCUAGACUCACGUGGAAACGGCGACCAGGAUGCUGCGCCGCGAGGCCCGCCUGCGCCGCGAGUACCUCUACCGCAAGGCCCGCGAGGAGGCGCGGCGAUCCGCCCAGGAGAAGAAGGAGAAGGUCCGGCGCGCGCUCGAAGAAAACCGCCUUAUUCCCACCGAGUUACGCCGAGAGGCUCUGGCCUUACAGGGGUCCCUGGAGUUCGAUGACGCCGGCGGUGAAGGUGUGACCAGCCAUGUGGAUGACGAGUAUCGAUGGGCAGGGGUGGAGGAUCCCAAGGUCAUGAUCACUACCUCCCGAGACCCCAGUUCUCGCCUCAAGAUGUUUGCAAAGGAGCUGAAACUGGUGUUCCCAGGAGCUCAGCGCAUGAACCGAGGCCGGCAUGAGGUGGGGGCACUGGUGCGAGCCUGCAAAGCCAACGGGGUCACUGACCUGCUCGUGGUGCACGAGCAUCGAGGCACACCUGUGGGGCUUAUUGUCAGCCACCUGCCCUUUGGGCCCACUGCUUACUUCACACUGUGCAACGUGGUUAUGCGGCACGACAUCCCCAACCUCGGCACCAUGUCAGAGGCCAAGCCCCACCUCAUCACACAUGGCUUCUCCUCCCGCCUGGGCAAGCGGGUCUCUGACAUCCUCCGUUACCUGUUCCCUGUGCCCAAAGAUGACAGCCACCGGAUUAUCACCUUUGCAAACCAGGAUGACUACAUCUCGUUCCGGCACCACGUGUACAAGAAGACAGACCACCGCAACGUAGAGCUGACUGAGGUCGGGCCUCGCUUUGAGCUGAAGUUAUACAUGAUUCGCCUGGGCACUCUGGAGCAGGAGGCCACCGCGGAUGUGGAGUGGCGUUGGCACCCCUAUACCAAUACUGCACACAAGAGGGUCUUCCUGAGUGCUGAGUAAGCCUGCUCACCAGUCAGGACAUGGACUUGGAACCUGGGAAGGUGGGGCUUGUCACAGACAGGCCCAUCAAGCUCAGGUGUGGGACUGUGAGUGGGGGAGGAAUGCUAAUAAAUCUCUGUAUCAUGUUGC